UGGUGAACAAACCUAGCUGAACGAUCACCGUCCCAGUUGAAAUCAACACACAGAAUUCCAGCAAUUAACACUCCUCUCCAUCAACCAGACGCCUCGCGCGCGCUCGCGCGCACGCGCAGAAAUGGAUCCCUCCGCUCGAAGAAGCGGCGGCAGCAGCAGCACCGGCGGCGGAGGCGGCCUCACUCCGUCAUCCGUCGACUUCCCCAACCUACCCACCACAAUAUCACUUACACCAAUACUUUCAUCAACACCCGAUCAAACCAUUCCUCCUCCUCCUCCUACUACGCUAUCCCGUUACGAAUCGCAAAAACGCCGUGACUGGAACACAUUCCUCCACUACCUUCAAAACCAUAAGCCCCCUCUCAGCCUUCCCCGCUGCAGCGGAGCUCACGUCAUAGAAUUCCUCCGCUAUCUCGACCAGUUCGGCAAGACCAAAGUGCACUCCCUCGGCUGCGCUUUCUUCGGCCAUCCCUCCCCCCCUGGCCCCUGCGCUUGCCCUCUCCGGCAGGCUUGGGGAUCUCUCGACGCCCUUAUAGGUCGCCUCCGCGCCGCAUAUGAUGAGUCCGGCGGAAUCCCUGAUACCAAUCCCUUCGCCUCACGCGCCGUGCGUUUCUACCUACGCGACGUACGCGACUCCCAGGCUAAGGCGCGCGGGAUACCUUAUCAUAAGAAGAAGAGGAAGCGACCGCUAACAGAUGCCGCGGUGGCUGAAUCUUCUUCAUCUCGAUCUGAUGUUGGGUUAGAUGAAGUUCAAGGAUCCACUAGCACUGGCGGGGCAGAAGCGGGGGGACGAAGCUCUUCUUCUUCAUCUGCUUCCUGA